AUGUCAUCAACGAAACGGGUAUUCAAGCAUGUGAAAGCAAUACAAGAUUUUGCAUGCCCAAGAACAAUUAAAGGUGUACGUUCAUUCUUAGGAAUGGUAUCAUAUUACAGAAAAUUCAUUAAAAAUUUUGCAUCAAUCGCGGCUCCUCUUCAUCAGUUAACGGGAGGUACAAAAUCAUCGAAAGAACAACCAAGAAGAACAAGUCAUGACACAUCAACAAUUGUAUGGAGACCCGAACAUCAAGAAGCAUUUGAAACAUUAAAAGAGAAGCUGAUUAACCCACCAGUAUUAGCAUUCCCAACAACAAACGGUACAUUUAAAUUAAAUUUAUAUACUGGCAGAGUACAUCUUGCUAUUCUGACAUAA